AUGCUUGCCACUUGCGAGGAUGACAGGCCAGCUCUAGAAGUGUUAACCAAACCGAGGUUGGCCCAUUCCAUGUGGGCACGACCAACAGCGGUCAGAUCGGAACCAUUGAAAAGCCUUUCAUUGGUCAGCAAAGCUCGAGCAAAGGGUAAAAGAAAGAUCAGAAGAAGAACACUCUGUUCAAGAAACGUUCAUUCAGCUUUCAACCAGUCCAUUUCUCAGCCAUCAGAAGCGAUUUUUGAAACGAUGGAGACCAAGAUGACUGGCGUCCAACGAUCGGCUACUUGGAAUCCAACAUCGGCGCGUGUCUGUUCAGUAUUGAGAGAGGAACAAAUCCGUCGAACCCCAGUAAUGGGCAUCAAAGCAGAAGCUCGACGCCUUUCUUACAUCAAGAAUAGACAAAUUCGACGGAACCAAUCGACGCUAUCUCGACGAUCCAUCCAUCGAGGGAAGAAGACGUGGUUUCGCAGAAAGCCGCAACCACAGAUGCGGAACUCCAUGGACGAGAACAAUUUACAGCGCCAGCAUCAAUCCACUGCUCAGUGGGCUAGAACC